CGCCUGGGCUUUAUAUCGCCCUGCCAGCCUUUCAGAGUGACGGCACUGGCUGCGAGAGAGAGAGAGAGGGGGGAGAGGGAGAGAGAGAGAGCUUAUAUAACACCAGCUCUGGGAAAUGCUGGAGCGCCGGGGGGACGUUUGCCGGACAAUAACCGGGGAAAACGGCGACCACAGCGGCCACAGACUGAGAUGCGGAUGCUCGACACCGGGAUGCCGUCGGACGCGCACCGCGGCUCAAGCUUUUCCUAACGGAUCACCCUGGAGACAGUGACCAGAGCCUGGAUAUUACAUCCCUCUCUGUUGUAAAACAUUCACUGUUCCUCUGCUGCUAUUGGUCAUUGUGGCAAUGAAGGAACAAGACACACCAUCUAUACCACUGUCAGAUGCUGAUGGACUUUCUAAAAAUCAUGAAGUUCUAGGUAGGCUACACAUCCAUCUUCUUGCUCCCAAUCCAUGAACUGGCCUUUCGCUGAGGUGAGAGACAGUCAAACGGCGUGGGAAUGGUGGCACCUCUCUACAAGCUGCACUGCCUGUUGAAGCGGGCUCAGAUGCUGCUGCUCUGCCUGGGCAUUGCCUAUCUGAUGGCAGGCAGCAUCCUGCUCCUGCAGCGCUCCAGCAUCAGAGUUGCCCAGCCAAACCUCGCCAGCCUGCCGCCCAUGCUGUCCCUCGCAGCGCCUCCCACUGCCCUCAGGACAGCGGGCCUGGCCGUGAGGGCCCGCUCCAGAUGGGCCGCCGUUCAGUCUGUCUCUGGAGGGGGAGCCAAGGCAGGGCGACACUGGCCUGCUUCCCGCAGCCUUGGGGUCCAACACUUGCAUCGCCGCUGGUUUCACAGUCUGCUGCCAGAGAGUCCAGAGCAGAGAGUCUCUCUGCACAGGAGCAGCAGGCAUAAGGAAUGUCUGCCCCCAGAUAUGUUACCUGAGAGGCUUGUGGUUCUGUGUGGGUACCAGUUUGCAGGUCUGGAGUACGGAGCUGAAUGCCACUGCGGGAACCGGAUCACUAGCCUACGGGCUCCUGAAGAGGACUGUAGUCUGGUCUGUCGGGGUGAGCGAGGUUCUCCCUGUGGCGGUGUCGGUCGACUCUCCAUUUACAAGGUGGAGGAGCAGCUGCCGGGUCACAGAAAAUUCAGAAAUGUUCACUUCCGCGGCUGCUUCAAGUUUCCGAAGAGCACCGUCGCCACCUUCCCCGUCUACUCCCUUCAGCCCAACCUGACAACACAGUCCUGCAUCGAGACCUGCACUGAUAAGGAGCUGCCGCUGGCUGUGUUCAAGAAACCGCACUGUUUCUGUACAUGGACGUCUCCUCUGUUCAGUCUCAACGCUGCUGUGAACCACACCAGCAACUCCACACCCUCAGCAUCCACCGAGCAUGACCACUACCAGGUGUAUCACACUCCGGUGCUAGACUCCAGGUGCAAAGAGAGGAUGUUUCUGCCUCAGAGAUCCAGCUCCCUCGUGGCUCUCUCCAGUUUUCCUGGUGCAGGCAACACCUGGGUACGGCACCUCAUCGAGCUUGUGACCGGCUACUACACUGGCAGCUUCUAUUUCGACGGCACGCUAUACAACAGAGGUUUCAAAGGAGAGAAGGAUUACUGGAAGAGUGGCCGCAGCAUCUGCGUGAAGACCCAUGAGAGCGGUCAGAAAGAGAUAGAAAUGUUCGACUCUUCCAUCCUGCUGAUUCGAAACCCUUACCGCUCCCUCAUGGCUGAAUUCAAUCGCAAGUGCGCCGGACAUUUAGGACAUGCUACAGACACACAGUGGAAAAGUAAAGAAUGGCCAGAAUUUGUCUCCAGCUAUGCCCCCUGGUGGGCAUCCCAUGCACUGAGCUGGCUGAAGUUUGGACACCGCCUGCUGGUGGUGCAUUACGAGGAGCUGCAGAGAGAUCUUCUCCCUCAGCUCCGUCUCAUCACGGGUUUUCUAAAUGUCACUAUGACUGAGGAGAGGCUGCUUUGUGCCCAAAGCAACCAGGACGGCCAUUUUAAACGCUCUGUGGCGCAGAGGCCCUCCUUUGACCCAUUCAACCCCGACAUGAAACAGAUGAUUGACUCCUUCAUCCACACCGUUGACGAGGCACUGCAGAGCAGGAACUUUAGCGGACUUCCACAGGAAUACCUCCCCAGAUGAUGAUGAUCUGAAAAGGUCACAGAUGCCUGGUCCAGCAGGGUAGUUCUUCAUGGAGUGCUGUGUGGGGAACAGACACACGCUGGCUUAUAGAAGUGGACCACCUGACUGUUUGAUAAGCCAGACGCACUAUGAAUGGCUGGAGAGUCAUGGAAACACAGCUGAGGUCACUGCAGAAAACAUGACAAUUCAUAGCGAGAUCCGCCGGUGAAGAAUGAUGAACGCCUCAGGGCCGGGGCCCGCCUCUCUGCGAGCCGCAAAUAUGACAAAUACUUAGAGAGGAUUUGUCAAGAUUUGUUGGACUGCAGCGUCGGGAUUAUCCUGCAAAGUGCUCGACUGCACAAAUAUGAAUGUGUGUAAAUCCAGGGCAGACUCAUUUCAGUUAAAGAGGGGUUUUCUGUGACUCUUUACAAUUUCACUUUAGUAAAUAUAUAUCAUGUUUCUAGUAUACGACCGUGUUAAUAAAAUGAUCUGUCAUACUAACACAGAUGAUAGACACAGGAGCAUUACUCGGAUUGUACAGUGUUUAAGGGGGGUUUCCACUGGUUGCUCCAUCAUGGUGGAUAAAAGCCUUAAAGCCGAACGAUGUGACAGAAUGGACUCUCCAUACGACUCGUACAUGACUGUACAUGAAGAAGAAAUGUGUUGAUUACAGUGAAGCUGCUUUAAACUGUAUUUUACA